AUGUCAGAAUCAAGUAGUGAUAGCAGUAUUUACGGAGAAGAAAGUGAAACCGUGAUUCCUGCCAAAAGAAUUAAAGGUAUUUUCCACACCGAAGAGUAUAAAAGAAACGUAAUCAGAAAAUCCAAGGUUGCUGGGAAGCAACAUACAAACUGGAGAGGAAAUAUCGUUGAAAGCAGAAAAACAGAUGACCCAUGCAGCUGUAAAAAGAAAUGUUUUUCAAGUCUCACUACAGAAUAUCUUCAAUAUCGUUUAAGUCAUUUCAACAAUUUCAAGAACAAAAACGAGCAAGACAUUUACUUGCAAGGAUUGAUUACAGUUGCGAAUGUACAAAGAAAGCGAAGUAUGAUGAUGUAG